AUGGAUUGCCAUUCAAAAACGUAUAACCUUGAUGAAAUCCCAUACGAAUUUCAUUUACUUAUUCGUGGAAGUCAGUCUGGAUUUGACCGUGACGCAUUCUGGCGUUUUUGUGACGGAUGUAGUAAUACAGUGGUAGUGAUGAGAAUCCGCGGAUCUGACGAAAUUAUUGGCGGAUAUAACCCGCUUGAAUGGAAAAGCAAAAAAAAUUCGUAUUUAUAUACUAAUAACAGCUUUGUUUUUUCGCUAAAAAAUGGUGAGCAGAAUUCUAUAAUAAGCCGAUUAAGAAAUGGACAAGCUAGUCGAGCAAUCUACAGUAGUCGCGCCUAUGGUCCAAGAUUUGCAAGACAAGAUAUUUUUAUGGAAAAUAACUUUAAUAGUAAAAAUUGUAAAUGUAUAUGUGAAUCUUAUGAAGUACCAAUCAGAAAUACAUCAGAGAAAUUUUCGGUCGAUGAAUAUGAAGUAUUUAAAGUUUAUAAAAAAUUCGAUGUGUGUUCCCCGACAGUCUAUAGGCCAGUAGUUGGAUAA